AUCAGAAUGAAGAAACAGUUUCCGCAGACACAUGAGGCAGCAAAAAACAGAUGUAGAGAAGUUGAGAAACAGUGAACAGUACUUCACAGGCCACUGAAGAGAGCAGCAGAGCCAUCGUAAUGGCGCCACCCUUCCUGUCCUGUGUCACCCUCUGUAUCAUCGGAUCUAUCGCCACCAUCUUCGCACUGCCUCCUACUGAGCCACCACUGAUCCGCGACCACCCCUUUGUGGCCAUAUGGAAUGCCCCCACUGACCAGUGUCGACAGUUUCACAUCCCACUGGACACCGCAGCCUUCCAGGCGGUGACUACACCCGCCGCAGUGCCUGGUCAGUUCCUCACCAUCUUCUACGAGGAUCGCCUCGGCCUCUACCCCAAAGUCAACACAGCGAAACGCGUGCUCUACAGAGGUGGAAUACCACAAAACGGCAACCUGACGGAGCAUCUGUCAAAGGCUCAGAGUCAAAUUGAUCAUUACAUAUCCCAGGAUUCCUCUCCUGGGCUGGUUGUCAUUGACUGGGAGUCCUGGCGUCCUCUGUGGGAACACAACUGGGGAUCCAAACGUAUUUAUCAGAAGUUGUCCAUUACUCACGCCUUGCAGAUGGCCCCAUUUUUAGCAUCAAAGCCCAUUUCCAAACUGGCAAAGAGUCAAUUCGAGCUUGCCGGACGACGCUUCAUGGAGAAGACCAUCAGCCUCGGUAUUGGAGAGCGUCCAAGCCGCCGGUGGGGGUUCUACUUGUUCCCCGACUGCUACAACUAUGGCUGGGAGAAGCCCGACUACACAGGGAAGUGCUCAACAAAGAUCCAGAAGCAAAACAACCAGAUGCUGUGGCUGUGGGAGCGCAGCACCGCCCUCUUCCCCUCCAUCUACCUCCACUUGUCCCUGAGAAACUCCCCCAAGGCCACGCUGUACGUUCGCAACCGUGUCCAGGAGGCACUGAGGGUAGCCAAGCUGCCUAAACGUCCAUACACUAUGCCAGUCUAUGUCUACUCCAGACCACUGUACCGGGACCAGACCCAGACGUUCCAGAGCCAGAAGGACCUGGUGAGUACUAUAGGAGAGUCUGCAGCUCUGGGAGCUUCAGGGGUUGUAAUGUGGGGAGCAACCAAAGACUACAACAACAAGGCUUCCUGUCAGUCCCUGUCUGAGUACUUGACGUCCACCUUCAACCCUUACAUCGCCAAUGUGACGGCAGCUGCCAUGCUCUGCAGCCAGGCUUUGUGCCAGGGGAAGGGUCGCUGCGUCAGGAAGAACUACGAAUCUGGCCACUACCUGCACCUGAACCCUGCCUACUUCACCAUCCUGCGGACUGACAGGAACUACGUGGCGAUCGGUCUCCCCUCUGCCUCCGACAUGGAAGCCUGGGCCGAAAACUUCACCUGUCAAUGCUACGCAGGGCAAAGCUGUUCAUCCAGACUGUUGCAUCUGACCAAUAUAAAGCUCAUCUGGGUUUAAUCUGUCAACUGUUUUCAAAACUGCGCCCCCUUAAUAAUGUAGUCAUUGACACGAUUUGAACUGUAAUUUGAUUAAAGUAUGAUCUCAUCAACCUUUUCAUCAGCAAUCUCUGAUUUUAUUUAAAAAACAAAAAACUUUGAUGUGAAAAAAGUAAACUUUUCCAGUAACAUCAUUAAAUGUGACAUAAGUCUUCCCAAAGCAAAUGCAAUACGGAUGUAUUUGAAUUGAAAACAAAAAGGCGCCUUAAUAAAUGCAUUUCUGAAAAAAA